AACUAUACUAUGUUAAUAUUUUUCUUUUGUUUCGUUUGGAUAUUUAUAUUUAUGCGUUGAAAACGUUAUUAUUGUUCCUUGCCGUAUAGUAGGUGUUCUUGUGACGCAGUAUCUUGUUCAACUCACUAACCUACCUUUGUAAUUAUAGUGUUACGAAUUAUUGUACCGAAGACUAGCUGGUGUCAGAAUACUUUGUGCCAUUUUAGACAAUAAUUUCAUGGAUUGCACUUCUUGUAACCGUAUCGUCAUACAACAUCAAGUAUUUUACAUAACAUCAGUAUCUAUGUGGAUUUUGUCCUAUACUUAGUCUGUGUUUUAGAGAAAUGUUGCAAUAAAAAGAUGUUUACAUUAAAA